AGUAGGAAUGUUGCCAAUAUUAUAUGCUUUUUUUUUUACCCAUAAAAAAAAUAUACCAGUAAACUCGUGAACGAUACGAUAUGGCACACCCCUACUACGAGUGUUCUUAAAUUCAUUUUUCAUUCACAAGCGUGUUUCACAGGCAUCUGAAUAUAUUGCAUUUAUAUAUGGGACAAAAAUGAAAAUUGGCUGCAGUUUGAGGAAUGUAGUUUAAAAAACAACAACUCAGUUGUUCUUGAACCAGUGGGUUAUUAACCAGGCUAUAUUGUAACUUGAUAGUUUUUUGUGUGAACAGAGACACAGUCAAUUUUGUAUACAUUGUAUAACAUUUUUGGCUUUGAAUUUGUACUUUGCCAAACUAUAUAUUGAUAUUUUACAGAUAAAAAUAUGACUUAACCCCACAGUAGGAUGUUUGGUUGCUAGGUAACAAAGGUUGCUCUCUGUGGGGGAGGGAGGGGGUUGGGUGUUCAAGAAUUUGAUGACAUCAUUUCAGAGUUGCUUUGAUCUUGCCCAUGCCACCAUUCCAGAAUCCGCUUUGAUCUUCCCCUUCCGGUGACAUCAUCCAGAAUCCCCUUUAAUUUUUUUCAUGACUUCAUAAAUUACAUCAUUCAAGAAUCCCCUUUGAUGUUUCAUGACGUCAUUCAUGACGUCAUGACAUCUAACCAACCAACUUCAUAAAUAGGAGUGAGGAUACAUCAAAUUCAUUUUCUCAUUUCUACAGGACCGAAGACAGAUCAGGACGUGAAAUGGAAUCGCAAACUUCAGGAAAUUUCAGGAUCAUCCCUCCUAAUAGGUCUGGGUGAUUCAAUCGCUCAGGCCUUCGCACAGGUACUGGAUGUAACUGCUGUCGACGAAUCCAGCGCACAGUCCUUGAAGGAAUAUAUUUCUCAGGAGGCUGUACACAGUGGAAACAGUCGGAUGGAGACUCUGGGCACUUAUGAGACUGUGGUUCCUGACCGCAUACCUUUAGCAGCCAGAAUUGAGCUUAUGAUCCUUCAUAUCUGCUCGUUGUUAAAGGAUUCCAUGGGAAAGAUGAGUGCUUUCUGCACAACUAGACUAUGGAAACAGCGAAGUCGGGACACUGCAGAGAAAGAUGGGUCUGUGAAGUCCUCCACCCCUGAGAAGCUGGGGACAGAAUCAGUGGACAGCUUUGUAAGCAAAACAACCCAAGCUGUCCAGGAGAUACUUAGGAAAGAGGUCAGUGAGAUUACAGAACCUCUUUUGGAUGAUGUGGCUGACCAUGAGUAUGCUCUGCUGGCAUCUGACAUGUCCCUAAGGACUGAUAAUGUGUCAGGUGUUAUUGCUGAGAGCAUUGUUGAGGAGGCUAAAAUUCGGGACAGCAUGGAGGCUGAACUUAGGGCUGCCAGUCAAGAAUCCCACAGCCCAUCCUCGUCACAGCAGCCUAGUCCCAGUCCAGAUUUGAAGAAGACAGGUGGCAGCCCCCAACUCAGGGAGGAGGAGUUCAACAAGUGUUUGAGGAACAAGGUGAAGACCUUUUUUGCCUCAUGCUUCACCAAACUGUCCAUUAAUAGAAUCCGGACACAACUGAAGAACAAGUUCUGUCCCAAUUCUAAAGUCCAGAACAGCGAGUCUUUGCAGUCUUUCAUUGACAGUAUUGACACACUGUUUAAGACAGAGAAUGGUGAUGAACUAGGUGGCAAUGAGCGUGGUGUGUUCAGUAGGUUACGGAGCAUUUCAGAAGGACAUGAGUCGAUCUUCACACAACAACUCGGUGAUAUUAUCUACAGUCACCUUUCAGAGGAGUUGAGUACUCAAAGUGACUCAAAAAAGAGCCUUCCACCACCUGAGACCCUUUAUGAAGCCAUAUCCCGCAAAGUGUGGCGUUUGCUGGGAAUGAUGUGCUGGUGGGUGAAAAUGACAUCUGAGAUACACAGUAAAAGAGUGGUAUCGGCUUUGGUGGCUAUUGGGGCACUAUCACCAUCACCCACAGUGUCACUGUCUGAGAACACACCCCAGACACCCUCAGUGACAUGGUCAGAAGAAGCUUUGCUCAAAGGGACAGAGUCUGACAGCAUAUCGCCGUUUUUCGUAAUGCAGUCCAAGACUUCUCCAGCACCCAAAGUGACUGUACCUGAAAAGUCUCUAUCACCAACACCCAGAGUGAUAGUAUUAAGAAAGUCAGUGACAUCAAGGAAGUCAGUGUCACCAACACCUCUAGUCACAGUAACUGAGGGGACUGUCUUAACAACACCUGCAGUCAGAGUCUCUCAGGACAGGGUGUCAUUGACAAGUGAUGCUGCAACAACAUCUGCAGUCAGAUCCUCUCAGGACUGGGUGUCAUUGACAAGUGAUGCUGCUAUAGUACAGACAGUGAAGUACAAAAAAGUCAGUCUACUUGUUAUCAAAGUGGUUAGUCGUAUCUACAACGAAGCCAAGAUAACCAGGCCAGCUGACAACCCAGAGCACAUCAUUGAAAGGCUGAUCGAAAAGACCUGGGCCGACGUCGGGGGAGAAGAUUUCGAAAUCACCCCAGAAACAUUCAAGACCCUGGACAAGAUCGUUUUCAAAAACUUGUGCAGGAAAUGGGGCUCUACAGACGACGUGCUGGUGUCGAUGGAACUUGAAGAAGCAGCAUUUGAGGAUUACGUUGCCUGCUCUAUCAAAUAUUUGCUUUUGACACCACCAAAGAGCAAGUCCAGCAAGUUCGUUUCCUUUUUUUGCAAACCCUUCAAAGCCUUCACUGGUUUAUUUAAACGGUCUUGAUGUUGUCAUGACAUCAAAUGUCUGUUGGGUUUAAAAUAGCUUUAAAAACAUCAGCUUCAGUUGGAUAGAGACUAGUGAAUGGUCUCCUUAAGGUUUACUCUGGGUGCGCCAGUUUCCUCCUGAUUUCCAUCAACACAAUCAAAAAAAAUUAUUGAUGGCCUGCUUUGGGUUUACUGCAGGUUGUGCAGGUUUCCUCCCGCUUUACGACAACACCUUAAAAAUUUUUUAACUGUAGGCCAUCUUAGGGGUACUUCCAACUUACCAUCACAACACUUAUGAAAAUUAAUUAAUUAAUUGUCAUUCAGGGUUUACUCCGGGUUGCUCCGGUUUCCUCCCGCUUUACAUCAACAUCAUAAAAAAAAAUAAUAAUU